UCCCAAGGUAACUGCUCAGUGUUGUAAUUGUUUGCCACAGAGGUCAGUGGUGUGUGGGAUUACGCAAGCACGGAAGACGUGACAUUGCUAAAAUUCCCAAAACACUAUCAGCAAGGAACGAAGAAACAGGUUUGUAAUCAGGAAGACCUUUUAAAUAACCCACCCAAAGGAAAUGCAUAUACAAAACGAUCGUCAAAGAGGAGAUAAAACAAGUCCAUUGACCUAUACUGUCACCAUAGCACGGGGAACAAGUUUAAACUGUCGUUGUGAAACAUUGAGGAGAACAAAGUUCAUACGAAGUUUCUGCUAUUACGACAACACAAAGCUUCUAGUAUUACGACAAUGAAGAAGUCGUUUCUGUAAGUGAAUGAGCCAAAGACAAACCAGUUAACAUCUUUUCUUUGAAAUCUGGUGAGGACACAUGGUGAGGACUGUAAAGAUGGAGCAGGACUGUCAAGUCGGAAAACCCAUGCCUCCAGCUGAUCCCAAUCUGACAAGCCCAGACAAUCAUCAUGACCUCACUGCCAGUGCAAGAGAGGAAGUGGGAAGCACCAAGGAGAACGAGGGUGAUUCCACACACAUGGACCAGAGCAAUGCCCAAGAGAAGCCAGUCAUGAAAACUAAGAUGGAACCCUCCUCCACAAAACUGUGUGGAUACCUGAACAAACUUGGGGGGCCCUUGAAGGCCUGGAAAGCCUGCUGGUUUGUUUUCGAAGAGAAGAAGUGCCAGCUGUACUACUACAGAACAUCACAGGAUGUCAAUCCCUUGGGAAGCAUUGACCUGGCUAACGCUACCUUUGGCUACCCGGAUCAAGCUCAGGAAGGGACCUUUCAAAUUCAAAUCCCAGGACGGGUUGUUGUGCUGAAGGCAUUAAACAGCCAAGCCAUGCUGUAUUGGUUGCAGCAGCUGCAAAUAAAACGGUGGCAGCACAAUACCAGCCUGGUGAAAAUACCUGCAGAGCCCUCCACUACCUCCACACAGCUCUGCCAGCUGCCUUCUGCACCUUGGGAAGGAAGGACAGAGGACUUCCUCCCAGCAGUAAAGACCCCCAAGGGCCUAGUCGGAGAAGCCGCAGCCUCUGCCAGACCCCUGGCAACAAAAUGCACUGCAAAAGCUCCCCCUCAAGCACCCCAUCACAGAGAUACAGAACACAGUCCUCAAUAUCUGUGGAAACAAGCCAGCUCAGGAGCUGAGGCGGAGUGUGUUCAACUUUGACAAGAUUCAGCAGUCGCAAGACUGUCCCUGUGAGGAUCCUGUGACACAGAUACUGGGGGAAACAACA